AUGCCCUCUCCUUCUAAAAUUGCAGCUGUAGCUGCUGUGUCCUUCACUCUCAUCGACGCAAAAGCUUGUCCGCCCCUUGGCGCCGUCUUCCCAGCACCUCAAUCCCCUUCCCAAAGCUCCAUCGUCAAAAAAGCAACAUCCCUUCUCAAAGCAGGUCUCGACGCUCAAAUAGGCGCUCGAUUCAAUACUUCAGCUCUCUCUAUUGGAGUCAAGUCCCUUCACGAGGAUGACCCUUUGUUUACGUAUCAGUGGACACCGCCUAAUCCCGGCGAGGGCACUGAUAAGGUAGACGAAGACACUGUCUUUCGAAUUGCUAGUGGUUCCAAGCUUUUCACUGCUUUGGCGGCGCAUAUUAGUGAUAAAAUUGACUUGGAAGCUUCUGUGUUGAAGUAUUUGCCUGAGUUGAACAAGACAGCUGGGGAUGUAUAUCUUUUCGUUGAAGUGGGAGGACAUCACUGUCGGAUCACUCUGGCUCAGGAUCUUGCGAUCGUUGGCUCAGCUCCAUGGCAGCCAUACGGUCUUCCCGAGGUUCCCAAGGGCAAAGGCCCCAACUGCUCUGGUCUUCCCGGCACUACCCCCUGUACCAGGAAAGAUCUUCUUGAGCAGGUCAACCUUCGACCUCCAGUUUAUGCACCUUUCACCAACCCUAUUUACUCCAACGUUGGCCAUGCUCUUCUUGGUCUUGUCAUUGAGGCUGCUGAGGACAUGCCCUAUGAGGAUGUUAUCAAGCGUGAUAUUCUUGACGUUGUUGGUAUGAAGCAUACUUAUGUCGACAAGACUCCUCCCAUGGAUGAUCUCUUCAUUCCUGUCAAGGAGCCUACCUGGAACGCUACUCUUGCUGUUUUCGAUUCUGCUGGUGGCAUUUUCUCUUCCGUCUCUGACAUGCUUCUCCUUGCCGAUGGUAUCCUCAGCAACAAGUUCCUCACACCCGUUCAAACCCGCAAGUGGAUGAAGCCAGAGGCCAACACCGCUUCAUGGGGCUACCAAGUCGGCGGUCCAUGGGAGAUCCUCCGCGGUGACAACAUCACCUCUGACGGUCGUCUCAUCGACAUCUACACCAAGAGUGGUGAUCUCGGUCUCUACCACUCUCAAACCGUCCUCAUUCCCGACUACGACAUCGUCAUCUCUAUCAUGACCGGCGGUCUCGAAGCGUCUGCAAACUCCUUCGUCACCGGCACCAUCCUCAGCAAGGUUCUCCAAAAUCUCCUUCCCGCUAUUGAAAAGGUCGGUCGUGAUGAUACAAAGGAGGCUUUUGUAGGUGAUUACGAGGACAAGGAUACCAACUCAACUAUUACAUUCGCAAUGGACAGCGGACCUGGUCUCAAGAUCAAGAGCUGGCAGGUCCGUGGUUUCGAUGUCCUGAACAACAUCGGAAACUACAAUUUCAACGCCCUCGAGUCCAACGCCUCCACAGAGACUCCAUAUGUCGACGCCCGCAUGUAUCCCAGCAACCUCAACAAGAAGGGCCAAACAGCCUGGCGCGCUGUUUUCGACCGCACGAAUUCUACCGCGGACGCAGAGUAUGACAGUGAACUGUUCUUCAAAGAUGGAGCAUGCCAGACCUGGUUCCAGCAAGAUCGUAUGGUAUACGAUUACCUGCCCCUGGAUUUGUUUGUUUUUGUUGAGGGCGAGGAGGGUGUUAGUGAGGCAGUGAAGAGCCCUGCUUUCAAUGUGACUUUGACAAAGGUACGGCAACCCGCGGAGAAGAAGGCGGCGGAUGAUAGAAAUGCUGCUGGUGAGAUGCGAGUUGGGGGCCUUGGUCUUUCACUUGUGGCUGUUGCGACGUUUAUGAGCUUGUUCUAA